AUGUACCUGGCGGUGUUUCACGAGUUUGCCCAUCCCGAGGUGUUGGCGCAGGUUGAGGCGGAGAAGAUAUGCCGCGUUGACAGGGCCACUGCGCCGUGCACGAUGGCGAAGUCGGAGGCGGAGCUCGCGGCGGUGGGCAGCAACGCCAAGUUGAUCAUCGAUGAUGCUGCCACGGGCGAGGAGGCGGUUGAGGCCGCGCUCGCGGCCCUCUGCAGGCUUGGGUUCGCCGUCACGCACCGACAUCCCGUGACUUCGGCGGGAUGCCCAAUGCGGGACCGCGUCAUCCUGUCGUACCCCGCCGCGUGA